UCUGACUGUGAAAAGAUGAAGAAACCGGUCCCUGCUCGGAGAUGCUUUGUACGUCCAUGUGCUAUGUGGAAAAUAGGUAACUGGAGCAAGUGCUCAGAAAACUGUGGAGGUGGAAUUAAAAUCCGUGAUGUACACUGUAUGGACACUCGAGACAAAAGACCACUGCGACCUUUCCACUGCCAGAUGCUAGGAGCCAAACCAAUCACAAGUUUCCGCUGUAAUGUAAAGGCCUGCAGUGAAUGGAACCUUUCUGCUUGGAGUGAGUGUUCAAAGACAUGUGGCGUUGGAAUUCAAGAACGGUCUGUUUAUUGUUCGGAGCAUAAGCAGUGCAAUCUUAAGGCUCAACCUCAAACCACCAUACCCUGCAAUAUUCAGCCAUGCACUGAGUGGAUCACUGGAACUUGGAGCAAGUGUUCUGCAUCCUGUGGAGGAGGUUCAAAGCACCGAAUGGUGAAAUGUGUGAACAUGGAAACUAAUAAGACAGAGGAAGACAGCAGCAUUUGUGAGCUUGAGCCACCCCCCAGUGCAGUACAGAUGUGCAACCUCCAAAAGUGCACCAGUAACAAGGACAACAUCUGUAUUAAGGACAGAAUGUCAGAAAAAUUUUGCCUCACCUUGAAGAAAUUGGGUAGAUGCUCCAUGGUGGCAAUAAAAAUUCAAUGCUGUCAAACUUGCCAGAAAUUUAACGUCACAGUAAGGAGAAAAGGAAUUGCACGGGGUUCCAGCCGAGGAGCCAAUUCGGAUUCAUGAAAGACAGUUUGGAUUUACGCUUCAAGUAACUAGAACCAACUCCUUUCAACAAAGUUUUGAAUGAUUCUGAUGACAUCACCAAGAUGCUGUUUAAAUCUGUCAUUGUUUGGUUGAUAAGUACAUAUGCUUUUCCCAGGUACAGAGAAGCAGUCUGAUUGCACAUUAGUUUCCUUAUUUUGUCAGUUCUUAAUCAUUGUAAGUUCAAUUAGUUCAUUUCAUAGGAAACUCCAGUCCUUAGACUUAAAUACUUAUCUAUCUUAA